AUGGUUCAGUUGAAACAUGCAUGCAGCAUUCAAGCAGGCGUUAAUCAUGCAAGCAGGAAUGCAGCAACCAGGCAGACAUGCAGCAUGCAAGCAGGCAUGCAACCAGGCAUGCAACCAGGCAUGCAACCAGGCAUGCAACCAGGCAUGCAACCAGGCAUGCAACUAGGCAUGCAGCCAGGCAUGCAACCAGGCAUGCAACCAGGCAUUUAAGCAUACAACAUGCAUUGUUUCUGUCAUGUCUCCGGCGCUGCGAGGCUCCGGCGGUCCCACGCGAGUUUAUCGUCGUAGAUGAUUUUCGCUCAACACCGCAGCUUCGGGAUAUUGGCCGGGUUCGCCGGCCAGCCUCAGCCGCGGCGGUGAGCGAAAACCACCUGCUCCUCAAUACGCGGGCCGCGUCGCCCCUCCACGCCUACGCGGGCUUAAAUUACACUCUAGGGGUAGGGCAGAUAAGACUACGUGAAGUCGGUUUUGCGAAUUCACUUCUGUCAAUACAUUUUGUUGCACAAAAUUAAGCACUGAAUAAACCAAUGUCUUAAACCUUAAUUCGAAUUCAAAUUUAUUUUUUCUAUAAAAAUAAAUCAGACGAUAAAUAAAAACUUGUUUUUUUUUAUAUAGAAUAAAAAAAUAUUGAAAGUAAUACAUCUGUGAAAAGAAAAAAACAGCUUUUGAAAAUCGUCUUUUAGUUUUUCUGGAAAAUGAAACA